GAAAACGAGGCUGUGAGGGUAAACCGGAAAUAACAACAACUAAACAUGGCUGUGUGGACUACGAACCUGUCCUAUCUUCCUCCUCUUACGCUCAAUGUUGUGGAGUCAUGGGCGGACGAAGGAUCAAAAAUUCCCAGGUCUAUCCUCCUGAAGGGUUACAGCAACUGGAUCGAGGGUUAUAUCCAUGAUGUUGAAGGUGGAGCUGGCUUCAGAAAACCCUUUUAUCCGAGACUCCCACUGCACUUGUAAAGCAGGAUUGGGGCACUGUAAUCAUUUACUAGGACUACUAUACACACUGGCUCACUACCUAAAAAUGGAGCAUAAAUCUGUACCACCAAGAGCAAGUAAAACCUCUUUGCCUCAAACAUGGCAUGUGCCAUCAAGAACAUUAGGACUAAAGCCAAAGCCAAUCAGCACAAUAUCGGUUUCCAAAGUAAAACCACCAAAUAGUAGUACCUAUAGAGUAAACCGCACAAGUGAGGGAAUUCUUCCAAAUGUUUACUGCCCAGUCCCUGUCCCAUUGCCCUGUAGUGAAUUUGAAGAGAAUAUGAGGGAAAACCUAAAAGCAUCAGGCAGCAGAAGCCACAUGUUUAAACUAUUAACUGCCAGUAACCAACAAAAACAACUUGUCACCACAGAGUUCGGCGACUUACCUUUAGGGUCUGUUUUAUCCUACCAAUUACCCCAGCAGACUGUGUCCUUUGAAGAGCAUCCUACACUGCCUCUUCCUACACAACCAUGCUCCUACGCAACUGUAUUAAACCAGGAAGAACAUGAUUUCUACGGAGGUCUGAUAAUUACAUCAGAAGAUUCACUACACCUGGAAAGUGGAACCAGGGACCAAAGCAGCAUCACUUGGCAUCGGCUACGCGCAGAGAGGAUCACAUCAACAUCUUUUAAGCGGGUCUGUUCUAGAGUUAAAAACUUUGACAAGUUAGCUGCUGACAUGUGUGCAAAACAAACCAUUCAGACCAAAGCUAUGAAAAGAGGCAUACAACUUGAGCCUGUUGCUGCUGCAGAAUAUGAAAAACUCACUGGAAAAAAAUUGUUUCCCUGUGGCUUAAUAAUUAAUCAUCAUGCCCCUCACCUAGGAGCCUCACCUGACAGGAAAGUAGUUGACCUUACAGCAGAUCCUGUCCACGGUCUUCUCGAGAUCAAAUGCCCAAACAAAGACAGCUUCAAAAACUGCUCGUAUUUGACAAAUGCAGCAGGGAACUUCACUCUAAAAAAGACCCACGAGUACUACUAUCAGAUUGUUGGACAAAUGGAGAUUAGUAGGUUUACCUGGUGUGACUUUUUUGUCAAAUGCAAUAGUGAUUAACACCUGGAACAUAUCCAUUUCAACAAAGAUGAAUGGGAGGAGCUGAAGUGUAAGCUUGAUUUUUUCUUUUUCAGCUGUUUCUUACCUGUUCUCUGCAACAGGAGAGUGUAAACCGAAACAAGACCUCAAAUUACCCUUUGAAGGGAUAGUGUAAAACCUGUAGUGAUUUUAAUUCACCAUCUUUAUAAAAUGUAAAUAUGACAAAUGAAACUGUAUUCCUAUGAAAUGCAGAAUGUUUUAAUUCUCUCAAACUUCAGACAUGUCUGUAAAUAAUUAAUAGUACAAAUGUUAUUACAAAGAGAAACUAAUUAAAAGGUACAUUUUUAUAUUGAAAUGCUUUUGUAACAAAAAUGUGGUAAGAAUUACAAUAUGUAAAAAUUCAGUAUUAUAAAAUUUUUAUCAUUUUAUUUAAAAAAGAUCUAAAUUUUUUAAACAUUUUUCUUAAAUAUACAUGUAAUCCAGUGUAUAAACUAUAUAAUAAAUAUACAAAAUUGCACUUUUGUGAUUCCAUGUGCACUUUUUUUGAUUUUAUAUGUUAACUCAAAACAGUGGA